AAAAAAUUCCGUAUUCUUUUCAGAUUGAAAUGCACUUUCAAUUUAUUUUCUUAGAAAAUCAGAGUGUAUUAUACAAGUUUACUUAAUGAUGAAGUUAUGUCAUAAAACUGCACACGCGCUUCAAUAAGAAUCUAAAUCCAAAUUGGCUAAAACUUCCACCAAAAAAAAAAAAAAAUGUUUUCAUUUCCGGUGACUGAAAGUUGCAGAAAUAUUCAAGCUAUGAGAAGUAGAUUCGCAUGGUCCGAUCUUCCAAAGGAACUGUUGGAAAUCAUAGCAAACUCUCUCCUCACCAGAGAAGAUGUUUGCCGAUUCCGUGCAGUGUGCAAGUCAUGGCGGUCCUCCAUCCCUCCCUUCCAAAAACCCAUCUCUUUGCCUCUGGAAGUUCCCUACCCAACCCCUUCUUAUCACCGUCAUCCCAACAUAGCCAUACUCACUGAAAGCACAAUCUACCAUGUUCAACCAUUUCCCUCUCCCAAUUCACAAGCUUCCACUUCAACUUCCACUUGGGCGAAUUGGGCUUCGUGGGGCUGGUUGGUUAAGGUUGAAGAAAUGGAAGCUCGUCUUUUCCGUGUCUUAGGCUCAAUCUCCUGCCAACCGAGCUACCGUUUUCCCACUUUUCCAAAAUCAAUAAACUUGUUAGAUUUUCAAGUGUCUGAAUUGGCCAAAGCUUACAGCCUUCACUUCCCUAAAAAUGGUGGAACUUGUAAGGUGGUUUUCUCCUCCAGGCCCGAUGAUUGUCCCUCACUGAUGACGAUCUGUGCAGGGCUUUUAUUUCACCAGAAAAUAGGAGAUGACAAGUGGACCCUAAUAGAUGACAUAGUCUCUCAGUUGUGUUAUGAAGAUGUUAUUCUGUACAACAAUAGAUUUUGUGCUGUCGAUGAGGAUGGAAGAACUCUGGUGAUUGAUUCUACUUUGAAGGUAAUAGAGAUUGCAUCUCCAUUGAAGAAUGAAAAGAAUGGCCACGAUAAGAUUUUAGUAGAGUCAGUUGGGGAGCUGCUUUUGGUUGAAAGAUUAUGUAAAAAGCCCUAUAUCAAGGUAUUUAAGCUGAAAGUGAAAGAGAAAGAAUGGGUGGAGGUGAAAAGUUUGGAUGACAGAAUCAUGUUUUUAGGCGGUGACUGCUCUUUCUGUGUUGCUGCUAAAGAUUUUGGCAAUGAAUGUAAAGGUAACUGCAUUUUUUUUACAUAUCCCCGUUUUACAGUAUUCAACUUGGAAGACAGCAGUCUAUUAAGCCUGCACAAGCAUCCAGGGUACAACAACUUUUUUUACCCACCACCAUCUGAUCAUAGGAAGAAAUCUGUUGAGAAAUCUAGUAAGAAACCUGGACCAUGUGUAUAUUGUCCCUGAAAUC